GUUCAGGUUUGUAUUGUAUAUCUGUAACAUUUGCUGUCAGACAUUUGUUAACAAACAAGAGUUUUUCGCUGAGUUUUUUCCGAUUUUUACUUUUUUCUCUAGAUGUAAAUAAAAAUGAGUUUACACAAAGCCAGGAUAAUAGCAUUUGAAGAAGUUUUGGAGGAAGAUGUUGUUGACAUUGAAAAGUUGAGAAAACUAGCAUUUAAUGGAAUACCUGAUGAAAAAGGCUUGAGGUCACUUGUGUGGAAAAUAUUACUGCUGUACCUUCCUCAUCAAAAGAGCUCAUGGAGAACAACCCUCAUUGAAAAAAGGCAACACUACAACCAUUACAUAAAUGAAAUAAUAGUCUCACCAGGAGGUCCAACCGACCAUCCACUAAACAUCAGCCCGGAUAGCUCGUGGAGUACCUACUUCAAGGAUAACGAAGUUCUGCUACAGAUUGACAAAGAUGUGCGGAGACUAUGUCCCGAUAUAUCAUUUUUCCAAUCCGCCACAGAAUUUCCAUGUGAAGAAAUAGUGAACAGUAACGGCGUAAAGAGAUUACAUAAAAGAGUUGAGCAGUCUGUCCUGAAGUACUCAACUUUAGAAAGACGAGGCCUCGGAGUUGCCAAGUUGAGCAACGAAAUCCGUCGGUCGGACAGCGUGCACAGCGGUGAUUACGCGCCUCUGAAUGAGGGCUGCGAGGCUCACUGGGAGGUGGUCGAGCGAAUGCUGUUCCUUUACGCCAAGCUCAACCCCGGCCAGGGGUACGUUCAAGGAAUGAACGAAAUUAUCGGACCCAUUUACCAUACCUUCGCCAUAGACCCCGAUAAGGAAUUUAGAAAACACGCUGAAGCGGACUGUUUCUUCUGCUUUACGAACUUGAUGGCGGAGAUCCGGGACUUCUUCAUACGCACCCUGGACGAGUCCACCAGCGGCAUCAACUAUGUCAUGACAAAACUCGCCGAUUGUGUGAAGAAAAACGAUCCUGCCGUCUGGAGUUUGCUAGAGUCGCAGGAAUUAAGACCUCAAUAUUACAGUUUUAGGUGGCUGACGCUGUUGCUCUCCCAAGAGUUUUCAUUACCAGAUGUGGAAAGAAUUUGGGAUUCCAUGUUUGCUGACGCACAAAGAUUUGAUUUUCUAAUAUAUAUUUGCUGUGCCAUGAUUUUGUUGGUAAGAAACGACUUGCUUAGUGGAGAUUUUGCCUCUAAUGUGAAACUGCUUCAAAACUUCCCACCGAUGGAUGUAUCUUUGAUUUUAAACAAAGCUGUUGAAAUAUCAAAUAAUCGAUAAAUAUUACUUUGAUUAUUCUUUACUAACUUUUUAUAUCCAAAUCUUUUAUAUUCAAGACUUAGAAUAUACUUUUAUUAUGCAUUUUA